AAUUAUUCAUUUCAUUUCCCAUUUUUCGAAUAUUACUCUCUCUCUCUCUCUCUCUCUCUCCUCAUGGACCCAUCCUCGAUCUCUUCACCAGCUCCGCCUCCUAACACCGUCCCCUUCGCCGUCGAACCCAACAACCACCCUCUUCCACCACCACCACAACAACUUCCUGCUCCUUCUUCAUUCAACCACCCACCUUAUGCUGAGAUGAUAUACACAGCAAUUGAAGCAUUGAAGGAGAAAGAUGGUUCAAGCAAAAGAGCAAUAUCAAAAUACAUAGAGCAUGUUUACAGAGACCAGCUUCCAAAUUCAGAAUCUCAUCAAAAUUUGUUAACUCAUCACUUGAAGCGUUUGAAAUCUGAAGGUUUACUUCAAAUGAUCAAAAAUUCUUACAUAAUCCCUAGAUCCACUUCAUUACCUCCUCCUCCCACCACCGCUUCACCUUCUUCCAGACCUCGUGGUAGGCCCAGAAAAGUCCAAACCCCUGUAGCCCAGACCCAAGCCCAAGAUAACAAUAACAACUUUGUUGUUAAUAAUAAUCCAUUUCCUGUUGCUGCUGUUACUAGUAAUAAUAACAGCAGCAGCAACCCGGCUGCGGCUCAUAUACAGACACAGGCUCAGCAGAAUGCUUCUGCUGAGCCUGUUUGGGCCGCACUUGGGCUUAAUGAUGAGCCUGUUGCUAUUCAGCCUAGUACUGUUUUUGAAGAAAGUAAAAGAGGACGGGGCCGUCCUAAAAAGGGGACGAGCUUGAGUUCUCCAGGCUCGACCCCAAUUCAAGGUGGUUCGGGUCCGGUUUCACUAUCAACAACACCAUCUCGAGGGAGAGGACGUCCGCCUGGUUCGAAAGCUAAAUCCAAGAGAAGACCAGGACGUCCUCCGAAGAUUCAGCCGGAGACUCUAGUUUCUGGGGCUACUGUUGGUGUUGUUUUGGGUGGUUCGAAGAGAAGACCAGGGCGUCCACCGAAGAAUCAACAGCAGAAUCCAACUGUGAUCCCGUUUGCUGCGCCUGUGCAGGAAGGGACAGUGCAGGCUGGAGUGGAAGGGGUAGCUGUUUUGACUCCGAGAUCUAGAGGAAGGCCAAGAAAGAAUGUGAAUGCUGUUGCUGCUGUGCCUGUUGCUGCGGUUGCUGCUACUGGUAGAGGCAGAGGACGUGGAAGAGGCCGCGGCGGUGUUGCUGGAAGAGGACGUGGUGGUGGUCGUGGAAGAGGACGCCCUAGACUUAAUCUGCUGGCUCAAUCUUUUGGGAAAAGGCCCGUGGGUCGACCUAAGAAGAGAACAACUCCUGCUACUGCUAGUGCUCCGGAAAAUGCUGCUAAAGAAGACGAUCUCAAGAGGAAACUUGAACACUUUCAAGGAAAAGUUAAGGAAUCUCUUGCCGCACUUAGGCCUCAUUUUAACCAUGAAAGUCCGGUCACUGCAAUUGCGGCAAUUCAAGAGUUGGAAAUACUAGUAGCCAUGGAUCUUAGUGAACCACUAAAGGAUGAAACACUUCCACAGCAACAGAACCUGUCGGCACAAGAUCAGCCGCAGCAGCAGCAGCUUCCACAACCACCACCACCGCAACAACAACUUCCACCACCACAAAUUGUGGCACACCCACAGGUAUUUCCACCACAUUAUCCAUUGUUGUCACAAGAGUACCAUUACCAGCAACAGCAGCCGCAGUUGUACCAGCAACCACACCUCUACCAGCCACCACCGCCACAGCAGAACCAGUUUCAUCCUUAGGAAUCAGCAUCAGCUAGGAGGAAUUACAUGGUCCGUUGUCAAUUGGUUGUGAAGCUAGGAAGAUUUAAUUAUGGUCUUCAAUUUGAUUAUGAACAACUUUGUACAAGUGUGUUUUAACAUAAGACACAUGAUGAGGUGACAGAUUUGUAAAGCGAGUAGGCGGUAGCAGAUCUGAAUUUUCUGUGAAAAUGACUGUUCAGUUUUAGUUUGUUGUUGUUGUUGUGUUGCACCGUUUUUAGAUUGACCCCUUAAGUGAUUUUUAGAUUUUUAGAGUACUGAUGAUGAUUCUGUUAUUCAAGAUAUAUUUGUUUGACUAUGACAGCUUAAGUUUAGUCCAUUAUUGUCCAUGCUGUUUGGCCUCUUUUAA